AUGCGGGAUGAAUGCAAGGCGCAGGUACUUGGGUAUCCCAACAGUGUGUUCAAAUCGUUUGCCGUGUACGACGAAGCGGUCGCGUUUUCGCAGGGCGCAUCAUCUCACUCCGCAAAGCGCAAAAUUUCCGAUGCAGCCGUGCCGGCCCAAAAGCUGGCGCGCAUCGAAGCGCCGUUUGAUGGACUCACGGUCUACACCGACGGAUCGUCGCGCGGAAAUGGACGUCUUGGCGCCCGCGCAGGCUACGGCGUGUACUGGGACGAUCCCGAAUACCACCACUUGAAUGUGAGUCGAAGGCUGGAUGGGGAGGUGCAGACAAAUAACCGCGCCGAGCUUACUGCGAUUCUGACGGCGGUAGAAGCGUGCCCUGUGCCAAGCAAGCCGCUCCGCAUCUUUACUGAUAGCCAGUACGCGCUGAAUGGUACGACUGUUUAUACACUCACACCAGCAAUCACCAAAUGGAUGCCGCAGUGGCGCAAGAAUAACUGGAAAACGAGUACGGGAAGCCAAGUACAGAACAAGGCGUUGCUGCUCGCACUCGACGCCGCGUUCCUCGCACGCCCCGUCCGGCCACUGCUUGUGCAUGUUCGCGCACAUGCAGGCACGCGAGGCAACGAAAUGGCCGACGCUUUGGCGAACAAAGGCGCGAUGCUGCCUGCUACAGACGGGCAGUAG